CCUCACUUAUUACGGCAUGCCGUUAUACCCCGGGAUAUAACGGCAGUCUCAUCAAUCUCACUUUACACCGGCUUGCCGGUGGUUGCGCGGGAAUACGGCCGACACUUCGGUGCCAUUACCUGUGAAUCGUGUAAAGCAUUCUUCAGGAGGAAUGCCAACAAAGAUAAGCUAUUGGAGUGCCCUUCGGAUGGAAAGUGCAAAAUCAAUGCAAACACUAGAAAGUUGUGUCAAAAAUGUAGACUUAAUAAGUGUUUGGCUGUGGGUAUGAAAAAAACCACUCGUUAUAUUUCGCUAACACAUCCCUACAAUCUGGUCGAGUCCAAUGAGAAGGGAAACAUACGUGGUCAGUUUGGA